GGGCCAGCCGACACAUCUUAUCUUUACCUUAGCUGUUGGCAAUUAAUGUGAUUGUGAAAGCUAGCCACAUAUUGUUUCUGAUAAUAAUGGAGAAGAUAUAGCCAUUGUUACUUUACACAUUGUUUCUUUGCUGAACCUAACUAAGAUUCUAUCAAAUUCUUGACCGAAAUUCUCUGCAAAAAUAUACACUUGCUUUUCCUUCAACUGAGAUUGAUCAUGGCGGCCUAUGCAGCCUUGGUUUCUCUUAUGCAUAUCAUCGAUACAAUCGAGCAUCACCAUUCCCCUCCAAUUUCUAUCCACAAACAACAAGUUGAAUCUCUCACUCUAAUUGUUACCUUUUUGCAGGAAUUUCUUGAAAGUUAUAAGUCCCCUGUUGCUGACGGAGAUGAAGCUGAUCCGCUGGAGAUGCGUAUCGCAGAUGCAGCUUAUGCGGCUGAAGAUGUUAUCGAAUCACAUAUUGUGGACAAGCUUCAGCUGAGCAGAUCCAAAGUAGCCAAAAUUGAUACAGCUUAUAUAGCUGAAGAUGCUGUCGAAUCUCAUAUUGUGGACAAGGUUCAGCUGAGAAGAUCCAAAGAAGCCAAAAUCAGCUGUUUUUUCAACUGUUUUGGAGGUUCGAAAAAUGACUCAUCAAACCACGAUGAUGAACACAUCAACUUGUAUCAAGAUCAUGGAAAGAAAGAAGCCAUGGAGACUGCAGCUGCAGCGGAUGAAGGAGAUGUCGUUGGAGAGGAUGUCAGUUGCAUCGACUUCUAUGAAGAUCUACAACAAGUGAUAGAAGAAAUGAAUGUGAUUAAGAAGGAAGCCAUGGAGACUGCAGCCGAAGCUCAGCUGCAGAGAAAGGAAUUUCUUGAAGGUUAUAAGUCCCCUGUUGCUGACGGAGAUGAAGCUGAUCCGCUGGAGAUGCGUAUUGUAGAUGCAGCUCAUGCUGUUGAAGAUGUUAUCGAAUCACAUAUUGUGAACGUGAUUAAACUGGGUAGAUCUAGUCCCAAUAAAGAACUUUUCGAAUGCUGUGACUCCUUUUCUGACUACACCGAUGUAGAAGAUCUGUUGGAGAUGCCUUUUGCGGCUGAAGAAGUGAAUUCUAGAGAGGAAGUCAGUUGCAUCGACUUCUAUGAAGAUCUACAGCAAGUGAUUGAAGAAAUGAAUGUGAUCAAGAAGGAAGCCAUGGAAACUUCAGCUGAAGCUCAGCUGCAGAGAAAGGUCUCCUCGACUCGAGCUGGCUCAUUGACGUCUUCUUCUACAGUGAAGGAAAGCAUGAUGGUGGGCUUUGACGACGUGGUACUUCAACUCUUGGAUAAGCUCACUGGAGGGAACCGUAACCGCCAAAUCAUCCCAAUCACAGGGAUGGGCGGGAUUGGUAAGACCACUCUUGCCCGAAAUGUUUUUGAGCAUGCCCUCGUUAAGGAGCAUUUUGAUAUUCAUGCGUGGACUACAAUUUCUCAAACUUAUAAUGUUAGAGAAACACUUAGACAAGUUCUUCACCAAGUAACUGGAAAUUUGGGUAGUGAUAUGAGUGAUGAGAACGAAUUGGGAGAACAAUUGUACAAGUAUUUAUACGGUAGGAGGUAUAUUAUAAUACUGGAUGAUAUGUGGAGUAUAGAGGUAUGGGACAAGAUGAGGAUUUUCUUUCCCGAUUACAAUGAUGGGAGUCGAGUAAUCGUAACAACUAGGCUCUCAAACUUGGCUACUAAGUUGACAAACUCUAACAGCAUUGGUAUGAGAUUUUUAGAUGAUGUUUUCAGCUGGAGUUUGUUCUCCAAAACUGUAUUUGGGGAUGAGGAUUUUCCUCUUCAUCUGGAGGAAAUCGGAAAGAAAAUUGUUGGGAAGUGUAAGGGACUUCCUUUGUCGAUUGUUGUGAUUGGGGGUCUUUUGGCAAAGUCCGAACUUACACUGGAGUAUUGGGAGCACAUAGAGAAAAACUUAAGCUCAAUAGUGAAUUCGGAAAAUGAUGAAUAUUGGUUGAGAGUAUUGAAACUGAGCUAUGACCAUUUGCCUGUGUAUCUGAAGCCUUGUUUUUUGUACACGGGGAUGUUUGGGGAAGAUCAGAGAAUUGGAGUCUCAGAACUCAUGAGACUAUGGGUUUCUGAAGGCUUUCUCAAACCAAUAAUCAAUAAAAGCUCGAAAACAAUUGCCAAGGAGUAUUUGAAGGAGCUAGUCGAUAGAAACCUCAUUCUAGUUCAUGAGUUGGGUAAACUUGGGAAUAUUAAGUUCUGCAAAAUGCAUGAUUUACUGAGAGAUCUAUGUUUGAAAGAAGCUGAAAAGCAGAGGUUUUAUUAUGUCUUAGGACAACAUUGUCCUCGAGGGAUAAAUAGCCUACGCCGCAUUGUUAUUCCCAAAAGCACUUCACAUACGACAGUCAAGGAUGCAAUGGAAACUAUGUCGUCACGUGCUCGUUCUUUCAUAUGUCAUGCUGAUACGGUUCCAGAAUCGCUAGAUUUCAGAUUUUUGAGGACAUUGACUACAGAUAAGGAUUCCAGAGGGUAUUUAGAAGAAAAUGUGUUUCAACUGGUGAACUUGAGGUACCUUUCAGGUGAAUUUCGUAAGGGGUUCCAAAUCCCUUCUUCAAUUAGUCUGCUGUGGAAUCUACACACACUAAUUGUUUCCAUUUGGGGUGGUGAACCUACAACUGCACCAGUAGAAAUUUGGAAAAUGCAUCAGCUUAAGCAUGUCGAGUUCGGAUCUCCAGGAAUGUAUCUCCCAGAUCCUCGGAGCGGGCAUAGUGAUGUUAUGAUGGAGAAUCUAGAGACGCUCAAAGGGGUGCUUGAUUUCAACUUGAAUGAAGAAAUGGUUAAGAUAAUUCCCAAUAUCAAGAAACUGUUUAUAAUGUACCUGCUUAAAGUAAUGGAGAGAGUGAAGUGCCUCAGCUAUCUGAGUAAGCUGGAAAUCUUGGCGUGCAUUAUUGAUGUUGGAAGUGAUGCUGAGUAUCUGCAGAGUAUUAGCUUCCCGCUCUCACUCAAGAAGCUGUCACUUCAAUGCGGAAAGUUGUUCCAUUUGGAGGAAAUUCUGGAAAAGAUAGGUUCAUUACCACAUCUUGAGAAGCUCCAACUGGUGUCUGGGCAGUUUGCAACACGCAGAUGGGAAAUAGUUGAAGGCCAAUUCCCCAGCCUCAAAUACUUGAGUUUGGGGGCGUGUGGGGAUAUGGAAUGUUGGACGUUAGAGGGCUCCUGCUUGCCACGCCUUGAGCAACUUCAUCUCACGUGGAUGUGGUCGUUGGAGGAGUUCCCUUCAGAAAUUGGAGAAAUACCAACACUCAAAUCAAUUGGAUUGCGGAAUUGCAGUGAAUCAAUGGUUGUGUCUUUGAAAAAGAUAGUAGAGGAACAAGAGGAAUUACAAGGAGAGCCAUCCAUUCAUGUUCUAGUUAAGUCAUCCAACGUCAGCCAAGAACUGCAGAGCUUGGCAACUCCCAACUUUCGUGUAGUCAAAUGGUAGUUUGAUGUGAUGAGGAAUUGAAUUGUGGGAAUACUAAUUUGAGUGAUUAAUUUUCAA